CUAUAAUCUGGAGGCCAGUUUGGGAUGGGAAGAUCCACAUAAAUGAGCUUUUUCUUAAAAAGUUGAACAAGAAUUGACUGAAAAUAAGCAUGGACACGUUUUUAAAGGCACCAUGUGUGAUCGAAUAAUAACUUGAUUUAUUAUUUGGUAGAACUAUCGGUUUUCGUAUCUAAACCAAGCCCGGUUGGAGUUAGGGGCUUGGCCACUGCAGUUUGUUUACAUUGACUUUGCUGCAUUCUUUCAAUCGAGAUAAACAGUCAAACAGUAUUUUGGUAUGGAAGACAUUUUUACUCAGGUGCGAGAAGGAAAUGCAUUUCACGUGCGAGUUUGGCUUGAUAACACAGAAAAUGAUCUGAAUCAGGGUGAUGACCAUAGAUUUAGUUUGCUGCAUUGGGCAGCACGGGAAGGAAGGACCAACAUAGUGGACAUGCUGAUUGCCAGAGGUGCUAGAAUUAAUGCCACUAACAUGGGAGAUGACACAGCCUUACAUCUGGCAGCAAGCCAUGGACAUAGGGAUAUAGUAAUGAUGUUACUACACAACAAGGCCAACAUAAAUGCUGUCAAUGAGCAUGGUAAUACACCACUUCAUUAUGCUGCUUUCUGGGGAAAAGAUCAGAUUGCAGAGGAUCUGGUAAAUAAUGGUGCUAUAGUUGGUAUUUGUAAUAAAUUCAAUGAAAGUCCUCUGGAAAAGGCCAAACCAAAACUGGGAAGCAUGCUCAAAGAGCGAGCUCUACAGCUAGGUCAAGAUCUACAGAAAAUACCUUUCAAAGACAGGAGUUGGCUUGGCUAUAAAACAAGAAGCACUGCAAAAUUUUUCCUGUCAUAUUGUGGAGAUGCUCUUCUUUCAAGACAUACUGGUAUAGAUAUCAAACAGUUAAACCUCAGUAAUCAGGUAGCAGUCACUCAUUCAGGGGAGAUGUACAGAGGCCAGUGGGAAGGGAAUGACAUUGUAGCUAAAAUACUCAGUAUUAGAGAAUGUACUCUUAGAAUGUCCAGAGAUUUCCAAGAGGAAAUUCCUAGACUUAGAAUCUUCAACCACCCAAAUGUUCUACCUGUAUUAGCUUGCUGUAACCAACCACCAGAUCUAGUAGUCAUUAGCCAGUUCAUGCCUUAUGGCUCAUUGUUUAAUGUAUUACAUGGAGAAACAGGUAUAGUAGUAGAUCAGAAUCAAGCCUUGAGAUUUGCUAUAGACAUAGCUAGAGGGAUGGAGUUCUUACACACACUAGAACCAAUGAUUCCUGACCUUGUUAUAACCAGCAAACAUAUUAUGAUUGAUGAGGAUUUGGCUAAGAUAAAUAUUGACGAUCCUAAAUACUACAGAAAUACUGACGGAGUCGUUAAUGGGAUUGAUGAAGACUUGUCUGCCAGAAUCAAUAUGGCUGACUAUAAAUUCUCCUUUCAUGAGAAAGGCAAAUUAUUCUCUCCAGCUUGGAUGGCACCAGAAGCUCUUACACGUAAACCUGCAGAAAUAAAUCAAAGAGCAGCUGAUAUGUGGUGUUUUGCAGUGUUACUAUGGGAACUUGAGACUAGAGAGGUUCCACAUGCAGAUCUGACACCUAUGGAAUGUGGAAUGAAGAUUGCAAUGGAAGGCUUACGUCUGACAAUACCUCCAGGAAUCUCAUCACAUAUGUCACGUCUGGUGAAAAUCUGUAUGAACGAAGAACCAGGCAAGAGACCAAAGUUUGACAUGAUUAUACCAAUUCUGGAAAAACUCAAGCAGAAAUAAUAAUAUACGAACAAAAUGGCUGAAAAUAGUAGCUAUUGUGAGAGUAUUGAUAUUUCUGAAGGAAAGAAAGAUUUGAAAUGAAUAUCCAGCUUCAAUUAUUCAAUGAAGUUUUACUCCCAAUAAAAAGAUGGAAUUUAAAACAUGUAUUCAGAAUAUACAACCAAAAUUUCUAAAACCUAUAUGAACUAUCACAAAUAGACAAACUUUGAACUAAAUAUUCAAUUUGAUUUUAACAAACCAUACGAUAGAUAUAAAACUGCACAAUGUAUAAUUUGAGUCACAUUUUGUCUUUAAGAUAAUUUUCAGAUAUUUACAUUUCAGUAAAUUUAGAACCAUUCAGACAGACACAUUGUUUUGAUUGUUAAAUAUACUUUAUAAUAAUUGACUUGUAAUAGACAAUGAAUAUGGUAUUGCUUGAAAGUGAAAUUGACUGCAAGUGAAAUGUUUUAAAAUUCUGCAUUCUUUGCAUGGAAAAUACAGGAAAAUAACAUUUAAGGAUGUACUUAGGUGAGGUUUUGAAAUUUGUGUCAAAUGUUCGGACUCCUUCGUUUUUUUCCAUACAAUACAAUGUAAAAUAUUUUGCCCCAUAACACCCAUUUAUUUUUUCAUAGAAGACAAAAUAGGUCGUGAAAGGUCACUUACCAAAAUUUUAGAAGAUUCUUAAUUUUCUUUCUUUUGUUUUGAGACCCAAUAAUACCAAUGCAAAUAUAAGGUAAAAGUCAGAGUCAGCCUUUUCCCGCCAUAUUUUAAUUCUCAAAUAUCUCGAAAAGGAGGUCCAUGACCUAUCAAUAUUUUUAGCUUAUCUUUAUCCUUAAUUGGUGCUCUAUCAGCUUAUAGCAUCAAUUUUAAUUUCUUAAUUUCUGAAUUUUUACCUAUCCUCACCUAAGUACAUCCUUAAUAAUAACAUAGCUUAAAUUUUUAUGUCAAGAUGUUUAACAUUGUAUUGUGUUAAUAAUUGUCUUUCUGUAAAACACUAAAAUUCUGGAAAAUGGAAUCUAGUAAUGAAUAUUUGUAGUUUGACGAUCUCAUCUUUAAUUAGUUGUUAUAUUUGAAAUUAGACUUAUUGUCUUUAAAAAUUGCAUGAAAUUGCAUGAAAUGACACAAAAGAGUGUCUAUAAAAUAAAUGAUAGUAAAUUUUAUGAUAUGACAUUAAUAUUUUUUUUACAUUGUUUAUUUAAAAAUUGGAUUGAAUAUUUUUUAUAUUUGAUUAAUAUAUAUAACUAUACUUUCCAUAUUCUAUGAAGUAGAAUUGAUUUCUACUUAAAUUUGAACAUCACAGACCAUAAAAUGGUUUCACAAAUGAAAAAGUAUAAAAUUUCUCAUGUGUUUUGUAACUUUUAAGAUAACAUCUCAUUGUUUUUAUCGAUGUGAUGCUUUAUUGAUGAAGUAUUGAUAAUUUUUGUUAAUGAACCGUUAACGUUAUAUGCUUUUUUGAAUGUUGAUAAAAAUUAGAAGUUUAGUUACCUACAUGUUAUUCAGAUGUUAUCAACAAGUAGCCUAAAAACUAAAUCAUAGAUAUAGGAAGAUGUUUUUAAAUUUACCUGAGCUGCUAUUUCAGUUUUAUAAUCAUGUUUUAUUUUGCACUGAAGAAUUGAACACAAGAAGAAAAUCUAUCCUUUUAUUAUGAAAAAUGAUGUAAACUGCCAAAGAAACGGGUCAUAAUACUGGUGUGGAAAUACCAUUGAUGUGUUAAUGUUUUACUUUCUCACGAUUGGUCAAGACAACAGUCUAGAACUGUUAAAGAUAUGAACUCUAUUCAACAACUCAAUUUGCCUUUGGUGAAACAUUUCUCUUUUUCUAAAUUGAAAAUGUUUGACAUAUUAGCAUAUAACCUUUUUUGAAUACUGCAAACAUCAGGCUGUGCUGCAACCUCUCUCCACAGCACUACCCAGCGCUUUGAUAAAGUUGUUGAAUAUAUAUUUGAGGGUUUCCUAGACUAAAAUAAAGUGCCAUACAAAAGUCUACGGAAAAUCCAGGGAAUAAUAUACUGGUGCUUAAUUUUAUGUAAAAUAUAUGAAUAUAUUAUACAAUUUAUAUUUAUGUAUGUGUAUGUAUUGUAUAAGUGAUGUUUUAUUAAUGGUAUUGGUUUACAUAUGUAAGCAUAUAGGCAAGUCCAACAAGGUUUUAUUUUUUUAGAUUUUCAAAUAGGAAUUUUUAGCCAAAUAUUAAAGAAAAAAAAGAGAAAAAAACCAUAACAUAUAUUGACUAAAAUCACAACCCUGCCAUCAAGUGAAAAAAAACCAAAGACAACUACUUUGUUAUGUGCUAAAUAAUACAAAAGAUAUAUUUAAAAUCUAUUUGAAUGUGGUUUUGUACAUUUUCAAGGCAAAUAGGAAAGAUAUUCCACAUUGAUUUUAAACUUAAAAAUGUAAGAAGAAAAAAACAUUUUUUAUGGCCUUCAGAAUAUUUAGAUCUGUUAAAAAGUAUGUUUCUAUGUCUGUCCUUUUUAAUCAGAUAAUAUAACAAUUGAUAUAUGCUAUUAUUCUGUUAUUUCUAAAAGAACUCUAUAUAUUUAUAUAGAUUAAAUGUUACAAUUCAAAUAAAUUCAAGCUGAGAGAAAAUCCUUCCCUUUAAAGAAUUACAGCAACCAAAAUUAAAUACAUCUUCAAAUUACAUUAUUGCUACAUAUUUAUCAGUUAUGUAAGUAAAAACUAUCUUAAUGUUAUAUCUUUUAUGAUUCCUUGUGUUAAAAGUACACUUCCAAAUUAAAUUUUCAAUGUUAAAGGGAGAUAACUUAAAUUAACCAUAUCCAUAAAUUGUUAUCUCCCUUUUAUGAAAACAUUAUGGGUAAUAAAUUUCACUGCCAUAAAUUUUGUCAACUGUAACUUAUUUCUUGUUAACUUUUUUCUUGUUCAGUGUAUUUUUUCAUUAUUUUACAAAUGUCUUCCAUUAGCAUUUUGCACUUUUUGAAACUUUACCAUUGUUGAACUUUUAGUUUUCUACUUACAUUACUUAGAUUUUCAAACAUUUCUAUAACAGAUGUUUAUAAUUCACAAUUUUGAAUACUUAUUAAUUUGUACUGCUUUGGUGUUUUAAAUGAAAAUGUGUAUGCAAUGCACCCAAUGCAGCUCUAAAUCCUGUUGAUUGUAAAAAAAUGAGUUAUGAUAAAUUCAAAAGAUGAUCCAAUAUUUGAUUUUAAAAAAUCAAGAAAGUGCCUCUUUAAUGUGAUAUAUUGAAAAACUUGAUCGUUCUAAUGUAAUAUAAUUUUUUUUAUUACUGCUUUCUUUCAUACUAUGCAACUGUUAUUUCAUAUAUCUCGCAACUAGCCAGAAAGACUUUUGAAGAAUGUUGUGGAUAUAUAUUGUUAUCUCAUGAAAAUUCUAUGAGUAGAAAUAUUUUAAACAGUUAUUGAAAUCUGCUUAAAUUAAGCAUUUGUAUAAAUCAUUGAUUAUUGCCCUUUAAAUGCUAUUAUAGUUCAUAGAAAAUAAAUAUUAUACAUUUUGUAUGAAGCUUUAUACAAAAUGUACUUCAGUCAAUGCUUUUACACCCCAAUGAAGGUACAAAAAGAAGCAUUCAAUUCUUAAAUGCAGAAUAAUUUUUAACAGUUUAUAUUAUAAACCAUGCCAUAUGAGUUUUUUUGAUAUGUGUUUUUUGUGACGUGGAUAGAUAAGAAAAGGAGACAAACUAUAAAUAGUAUGCUUUACUGUGUUAUAGGACGUAUUAUGAUUAGCAUUUAUUGUUAUUUGAUAUGUGUUAUGAUAAUAAUAAAAAAUACAUGCUUA